AUGGAUGUUCAGUCAGAUGAUAACGAAGAAAGUAAUCUUCAAAAACCUAAUAUUUACAAUGAAUAUUCACCAUUUCACGAAUUAAUCAAAGAACAUGCUACUGUAUUAUUUAAUGAAAUUCAAGAAAAUUUAUCACGUACAAUCCAAUUAAGUGAAUUCGAACCAGGAUUUUCAAUUUGGUCAAACAAAUUGAAAGAAUUUCUUUCACUUUAUGGAUUUCAUUUUACUAAAAUUAAUCAUAUAAAAUUAAUUCAUUUUUAUAUAUCUAUUCUUUCUAAUUCUGAUCUCAAUUAUUUACAUGCACAAAUAUGUUUUGAUAUACUCUAUGAACUCUUACGAAAGACUCGUCUGAUCACUCGAAAUGAUUUAAUAAUAAAUUGGAAAAUAUUUUAUAAUUGGGCACAACUUAUUCAUAAUAAUCAUGAGAAAACUUAUUCAUUAGUCUCAAUGCACAAAUACAUUCCAAUUUCAUUUCUUCUCUGUGUACGUCGUUGUUCUCCAUACUUUUCCGCAACAGCUACUCAAGAAAUUCUUGAUGAAUUACGUCCAAAAUUGUGUCCGAUUGAAUGGGGAUUUUGUGAUGCAAUGAGAAUGUUUGAACUUUUUCUUCCUGUUAAUUUACCUCCAGAUUUACAUGAUCAAGGAUUUAAAUUAUGGUUACCUGAAUUUUUUCAUAUGUGGCAAAAUAUUUAUAAUAAAUCCGGAUGGGAAUUACGUGUCACUGAUAUCUUUUCAUCAUUAGCUUGGAAUAAUAUUGGUUAUAUUAAUUGGGAAAAUUGGUUACCACAAAUUUUUACUCGUAUUCUUCGAGGAUUUUCACUUCCAAUUGGUAAAAUGCAAAUGUCAUCUCAAAAAUAUACUUAUAUUGUAUCAGAUUCAGCUAAAUGGAUUGUUGCAAUGAUAGGAAAUCAAAGUUUAUGUUUACAAUAUUUAAAAGAUUUAUUAUUCAGUAUGAAAACUUUUUAUCAUCCAUCAAAUACAGGAGAAUUUCAAGAAAAUCUUGUUCAUUUUAUAUUAAAACUUGCUGAACAUUUUGUUGAACGUGUUCAUUUAGAACGAAAAGUUGAUCCUGUUUGGUAUUUUAUUCCAUUAAAAUCUCAUCGACUUACUGAAGAAGAUAUUAUUGAUUUUGUUAAUUGUAUCAAAGAAUAUGCUUUUAUUUCAAUAUUUAAUAAAGAUCAUGUUGAAGAAGCAGCUAAAGCUUGUCAAUAUCUUUCAAUACUUCGACCAGAAUUAAUUAUACCAUCAAUUGUUGAAAAACAUUUUUCAUCAAUUGAAAGUAUAAAUGAACCACAUCGUUUUCCAUCAAUUGUAAAAUGUUUAACAUGUAUUGUUCGUCAAAUUGUAAGACAAACAUGUUCAUAUUGUCAAGGACAAAUGUAUGUAUUACCAUUACUUCUCUCUGUUUUACCUGGAAUUGAUUUAAAUGAUUUUAAAAAAAUGUCAGUUACAUUGGAAUUUCUUGAUACAAUUCUUCUGGUUAUUAGUUGUAUUGAUUGUUCAUCAGCAAUCAAUACUCGAAAUGAUUUAACAGAAAUUGAAAAAGAAGUUUGUUUAUUAACAAAACAAUUUGAAGAUUUUAUUAUUGAAUUUCUUAAUCGAAUAUUUAAAAUGAUUAAUAUUUUAUCUACAGAUAUAUCUGAUGCUCUUAUUAUUGAUACAGAUAUUAAUACUAUUGAUAAUACAAUUAAAUCAAAAUUAACAUCAAUUAUAUUUAAUAUUGUUCAACAUUCUAGUAAUAAAAUAUUUCAAAUAGUUCGAGAUAAAAUAAUAAAUUAUAUAACUGGUGAAUGUCUUUCACCUAAAGUUCGAGAUAUUAUUUCUAGUCUUGUUCAAGGACUUAUUAAAGGUAAUCCAAUUGAAACAAUUAAAUAUCUUUUACCUAAAACAUGUCAAUCAAUUGAAAAUAUUUUAAAUGAUUCACAAUCAAAUUUAUUCUUAAUUGAUGACAAAGAUAAUAUUGAACUUAUUUGGUAUUUAACACUUUUUUCUGAUCUUGUUCGUGCUCGUGGUGAUACUUUAAUUAUUUAUAAAAAUGAAAUUAUUCAAAUUUUUAAUCAAUCGAUUCAUAUUAUUAAUAAAAAUUCAUAUGAAACCGUUGCUAAUGCUGCUAAAAAUUUACUUGAAUCACUUACGCACAUUUAUCCAAUUCAUUCAAGAUUAACAACACAAAAUCUUGAUGAAUCAUUCAACGAUUUUCUACCUAUUAGAUCAUGGGGACAAUCGACUGAUUUUGAUAAACUUCAAGUUCAAUUUCAUAUUCCAAAUGAAGAUGAAAUGGAUUUUGCAUGUGAAUUUAUUAAUAAAUUUAUUUAUUCGGAAUUAACAUUAUUAAAUAAUAAAAUUUUAAAAUUAUCAAAUAAUGAACGAUUAAGAUCAUUAACUAUUAUACAAUUUAUAGCUAUUGGAUGUUUCACUAUGAUACCUCGAAUUGAAACAAAACAAAUAGAUCAACUUAUACCAUCAGUUGUUCCUCAUGAUUCAAAAUAUCGAAUUCAAAAUUUAAUUCAUUCAAAACAAUUGAAACUUAAAGAAAAUUUACGAAUGCGUCUUUUUAUUGAUAUUGGAAAAUUACUCGAUAUACUAAUAGAAAAUCAUUCCGAUGAUAUUUAUUCAAUAAUAAGUGCACUAAAAUUUUAUCCAUUGAUAUCUAUUUAUUGUGGUAUAUUCAAAGAUGUUGUUGAUGAUUUACAUAAAAAUUUUAUAUGUCGUGAAAAAAUCUUAAAAAAUAAAUUAUGUAAUCAAGGACAAAAUAUUCGUUUUUUAACAAUUAACAAAAUGGCAUUACAAAUUCAAGAAUUUCAAUUAAAUAAUUUUGGAAUCUUAACUGAUAUUGAUAAAGAAAUAAUAUUAAAAUUAUUUAAAUUGUCAAUAAAUCGAUAUAGUGAAAUACGUCGUCAAGCACAAAAUGAUCUUCUUUGUCUACUUAAAUCUUAUCGAUUCUCAUUUCAAAUAAUUCUUCAUCAAAUUAUUCAAUUACUUAACAAAUCAGAUGAAGAUAAUCAUGAUCAAAUCAAAGGUUGUCUCUAUAUUCUUCUUGGUAAUAAUUCAUUUUUUCUCCCUACUCAAUAUUCAUGGGAAAUGAAAGAAAAACUAUGGUUAUCAAUUGCACAAAUGGCACCUACAAAUAAAUCUACUAUUCAACAUUUAAUUGAAAAUAUUACAAAAAAAAUUUGUAAAACAUUUGUUAUGGAAGUUAUUAUUCAAAAUACGAAUGAAUUAUCAAUACAAGCAGCAGCUUUACUAUGGCAUCCAUUAGAAACAAAUGAAAUGAAAACACGUGAAGAAUAUAAUAAAAAUGAUAUUGAAUCUUAUAAUAAUCUAAUGGAAAGACUUUGCUCUUUUCUUAAAAAUGAUACAUCAAUAACAUGGAGACAACAAAAGACAACAAUAUCAUUAUUAUGUCUUCUUCUUCAAAAAUAUCUACCAAUUCGAUCAUCAUGUAUUCAAAUAUUUGUCGAUCUUCUUCUUCAUGAUAAUAUUCAAUUACGAAAAUGUGCUGAAAAACUCAUAGGAGCUAUUUGUCGUUUACAAAAACCACCACGUAUUUAUGUUGAAAAAUGUUUCGAAGAAAUUGUUGAAAAUGAAAAUAAACCAAUACCAAUUAUUACUAAUGAUGCAUCUCAUCCUGGUGAUCGUGAUGAUAAUUUCUGGUUAACAUUUAAUGAUUAUAAACCACCUCAAACACAAAUUCAAUGGGAACAAACAUGUUUUCUUGAUAAAUCAUUUUAUGGAUAUUUCUCUUGGCCAAAAAUUAUUAAAUAUUCAUUAAAUAAAAGAAUACGAUAUACAAUUAAUAAUAUGCCAGAUGAUGUCGCUAUUUUAUAUAAUCGAUUUAUUGACAAAAAUUUUAUUAAACAAAUUAUUCAAUUGAUGAUUUUAGACGAAGAUAAAGAUGAGAUGGAUUUUGAUCAAAUGAGAUUUUCCAUGUUCAAGGGUCUAUUUCGUAAUUUUGGUCUUGCAUUUUUCGAUAAUUUUAUGGAAGAAUUAUAUAUAUUAAUGCGUGAAAGAAGAAAAGAAAAACAAGAAGGAAGUCAUCGAAUAGCAGCUGAAAUUGUAGCUGGAAUGAUUCGUGGAUCAAAACAUUGGACAUUAGAAAUGCUCGAUGAAUUUUGGAUAAAACUUACACCAUUUCUUAAUGAACUUUUUCUAAAUAUUAAUUUUGAAACAAUUAAUUAUUGGAAUAAAUCUUUUAAAUAUUCAAUGGAAAAUAGAGAUCCUCGUCGAAUGUAUCGAUUAAUUAAUUUUAUUUCUAAAUUGAUUGAUAAUAAAAUAAUAUUGAGUACAUUUACUGAAAUAGCUCAGUGGUCUUUAAUACAAAAUCUAAGUUGUUUUCAAUGGCGUAUUCCAUCAGUCUGGUCGCAUAUUAAUCAACAUGCGAAAUUCUUAAUAGAUCAUUCACAUAAAGGUGUAAGACAACAAAUUAUUAAUGUAUUAUCAAUAUCACUUAGUUUUGAUAUAACAUUAUUUAAUGGCAAAUCAACACGUCAACCUAAUGUUGAUCAAUUGAUUGAUUUCAUAUGUCAACGAUUACAAAAAACAAUUGAAACAUACGAAAAAACACCAUUGGAUCAUGUCAUUGACAUUGAUUCUGAAACUCGUCAAGCAUUAAAUUUCAUUGAAUCAGUGGUUGAAAUACAUUCACAAUUCUUCUCUUGGUCUAGACAACCGAUUAAAAAUGGAAUUAUUCGACUAUUUGCUUAUCUUUGUGAAAUUGAAAAUAUUCCAAUUAAUGAUGAUACAUUCAAAGAAAACUUAACAACUAGUCGAUUAUAUACUGCUAUAAGUUAUUUAAAUACAGAAUAUUUAGAAAGACUCAUUCAACAAUUAACUCAAGUUUCUACAAGUUCCAAAUGGCAUGCACGUCAAUCAGCUAUUGAAUUUAUUCAAAAUAUGAUAUUUUCGAAUUUAUUUAAUGCUCGUCCCUAUGCUAAACAAUUCCAUGAAAUUGUACUCAAAUGUUUAUUUGAUGAACAACUUGAAGUAAGAAUUGCUGCAUCACUUACUUUAUCUGGUUUCUAUCAAUGUGGUUAUAUUCAAGUUACUCAUGAAUAUCUUAAAUAUUUUCGUGAAAUAAGCAAGACGAUUUAUUUUACAAAAAUCAACGGCAAAAAAGUGAUAUUACAGAAAAAUAUUGUCAAACGACAUGGAGGUAUUUUGGGAGUUUGUGCGAUAGUUAGUUCGAGUCCAUAUGAUAUUCCAAUUUAUGUACCAGAUGCAUUGAUGAUUCUCUGCGAACAUUCACAUGAUCCUGAUUUAAUUCAAAAAUCAAUUAAAAAAUGUUUAUCUGAAUUUCGUCGUACUCAUCAUGAUUCAUGGCAUGAACAUCGACAACAAUUUACAGAAGAUCAAUUGGCAAUUCUUGCCGAUGUACUUAUUUCACAUAGUUAUUAUGCUUAA